AUGGAGACUCACCACCAGGCGCAUUACACUGCCCAUGCAGUUUCAGGGACUAUAAUCCCUGCUCCUGACGGCACAAGCGGACAUCACAGCCAUCUACCGCACGCACCGAUAGACUCCGAUCUCGCGUACGGCAGCAAGCUCGUCACACCGUCCAGCAUAAAAUCUUCUGGCUACCAUGAUAGUGGCCGGGAGGGCCACUGGGAUGACACUUUGAACCAUGGAACUAGCACUCCGAAGGUAUCGAGACCCACUGAGCAGGUCACGAAUAAUCCUAGGGCUGAGCUAGACGAGGCGCCCGAGGAUAACAACUCAACACCCGCUUCACAACCAGAAAGAACGCGAAGAAAAAAGAAAGAGGCCCACAAUACAUCUGAGGCUUCUCAAGGUGGCAGUAGUAGUGCUGGUGCCGGUGCUCCUUCGCUAUCUGACGUAGCUAGCCCCAGCUCUGCUUCACAGAACAGCCGCACGGGUAUCAGUUCAAAGUCUACUUCCAUGGCACCCACGGCUUCGACAACAUCGAAUCGUCGGACAAAGCUUCGCAUUACCUCUCGAAUAUCCAAAAGCAACCGUAAUAAACUCAAUGACGCUUCAGAAGAGCGCAGGGCUCGAGUAUCCCAUAACCGCGUUGAAAAGCAGUACCGCAACCGCCUCAAUGCUCAAUUCGAAUCCCUUCUUAAUGCUUUGCCGACGAAAGUCCAGCAAGGUGACAACAGCAAUGGAGACGAUAAUGAAUGGGAUGGCAUAAACGAUCCGGACCACCGAGUGAGCAAGGGCGAGGUUCUUGAAAUGGCUUGCAAGCGUAUACAAGCGCUGGAAUGA